ACUGUGCAGCUAACAAACAUGGACGACUACGCCUCCAAACCUCCGACUGAGAACCUGGACGAGCCGCCCAACAGCCGGCUGUUUCUGGUGACCAGUCGGUCCGUGUCCGAGGAUGUGAUUCGGGAGAGUUUCUCCCCGUUUGGGGACAUCCAGGGGGUUUGGGUGGUCAAAGACAAACAGACCAAGGAGUCCAAAGGCGUCUCCUAUGUGAAGUUCGCCAAGUCCUCCCAGGCCUGCCUGGCCAUGGAGGAGAUGCACGGCAAAGUCCUGAUGGAGGGGACCAAACCCAUCAAGGUGUUUAUUGCCCAGUCAAGGUCAUCAGCACGACACAGGGACGUUGAGGAUGAGGAACUGACAAGGAUCUUCGUCAUGAUCCCGAAAACCUUCUCAGAGGAGGACCUAAAAAACACAUUUAAGGAAUAUGGAGAUAUUGAGUAUUGUGUGAUCAUUAAGAAUAAGUUCACAGGGGAAAGUAAAGGUUUGGGCUAUGUCAGAUACUACAAGCCCUCCCAAGCUGCUCUCGCCAUAGAGAACUGUGACAGAGGUUAUAGGGCCAUCCUGGCUGAGCCUCGCAGCAGGACCACAACAACAGAUGGAGAAUACGCCACAGGAGGAACCAGAACUGAACACGUGCCCACUGCCGAGGCCAUGAACCCCUACCCCUUCACUCUGGCUGACCCGAGCAGCUACCCAGUCACAGACUACCGCUCCAGUGAUGUCAUCACACGCUGCCUGAUGGUUUCAUCGAGGGCAGCCAUUACCCAGGAACAGAUUUAUGCCCUGUUUGACAUCAUCCCUGGUAUGGACUACUGUGAGCUCCAGCGAGACCCAUACGGAGUCAGCAAAGGCCACGCUGUGAUUCGCUACAACAACCUUGGAUCCGCCGUCUAUGCCAAAGAAAAGCUGAAUGGGUUUGAAUAUCCACCCGGCAACAGACUGGUGGUGGCCUUUAUUGAUGAUGGAGAGGACCGCACCAGUCCAGUCGGGCGGAUGGCAAUGCAGUUUGUAGCCACACAGAUGAUGUCUUCAGUGUGGAACGGACCCUCCACCAGCCAGUUACUCAAAGCUCCCUCUGCCUUCCCCACAGUCUCUCCAGUUUCCCGGAUUCAGACGGAUGUCACCCUGCCGUCUUUGAAGAAGCUCGCUCCACCCGACAGCAAAGUGAAGGAGCGCUUGUUUGUGGUGUUCAGCCCCUCCACGCUGCCCCUGGAUGUGCUGGAGGAUGUGUUCUGUCGAUAUGGCUCUCUUAUCGAGGUGCAUUUGGUUCCCGGGAGGAGAGUGGGAUACAUGAAGUAUGCUGACAAACAGUGUGCAGACGAGGCUAUGGCGGCACUCCAUGGUCACAUGGUGAAUGGAGUACGGAUGAAGGUGAUGUUAGCCGAUCCUCCCAGAGAGGAAUCUCAUAAACGGCCACGUACCUACUAGAAACACAUGACUGCAGUGUGGGUGACUGUUGUCAUGACACAAUGACCCAUGACCUGACAGACCGACCGACCAACCGACACCAAGACCUUCUCCUGACCUCUGACUCGACCUUUGACAUCUGUCUGACCUUUUGCUGUCUGUGACCUUUGCCAACUGAUAUAAAGACAUGAAAUGUGGCUACCAUUCCAGUGCUGAAUUUGAGUUCUGUGAUAUUCUCUCUGAGCCAUGACUCGGUUGAUAUGUAGUCUUUGUUUUCAGAGCAGUGCAGCAGUAGCAGUAAUAUUACAGGUAUAUCGACAGGCUGUUUCUGAGUGCUGAAGAAAUACAUAGUUUCAAAUUGAAAUUCAUGAGUUAGCCUGCUUUUAUAUUUUGAAGGAGCCAGUGCGGCAGCCUGUUGACUCUUGAUGGUGUAAACUCAGAUUUCUGAAAGUAGAUUUGCCCUAAAACAUCCUAGGUUUUUUUUUUUUUUUU